CCGCGGGUUUCAGGCAUGGGGUCCGCCGCCCUGGCGCGACUUCACGGGCUCUUCGCGGUGUACAAGCCCCCGGGACUAAAAUGGGAGCACGUGCGGGAUACCGUGGAGCUGCAGCUUCUGAAGGGUCUGAAUGCUGGGAAGCCUCCUGCCCCUAAACAGCGUGUUCGUUUUCUGCUGGGCCCUGUGGAAGGCAGCGACGAGAAGGAGCUGACCCUCACAGCCACCAGUGUGCCCAGCCUCACCGACCAUCCGCUGGUACGUGGACCAGCGUUUACCAGCCUGAAGAUAGGUGUAGGACACCGGCUGGAUGCCCAGGCUUCAGGGGUGCUUGUGCUCGGCGUGGGACGCGGACGCAGGCUUCUCACUGACAUGUACAACGCUCAUCUCACCAAGGACUACACAGUGCGUGGCCUACUGGGCAAAGCCACCGACGACUUCUGUGAAGAUGGGCGGCUGCUGGAGAAGACGACCUACGAUCACGUGACCAGAGAGAAGCUGGAUCGAAUCCUGGCCCUGAUCCAAGGCUCCCAUCAGAAGGCCCUGGUGAUGUACUCCAACCUGGACUUGCAGACCCAGGAGGCCUAUGAGAUGGCCGUGAGGGGCCUGAUCCGGCCCCAGAGCCAGUCCCCGAUGCUGGUCAUUGGCAUCCGCUGCCUCCACUUUGCGCCUCCAGAGUUCCUCCUAGACCACAGUUGCCCAUGAAAACAGAAGCCUCAGAAAGUGAAACUGGCUACGGGGGAACAACUGUAUCCCCACUUUGUGGGUGAUGCAAGCUGGCCAGGAGCGACACCCCGCCUCGCAGAGACCAUCUACAUUUCAGUAGGACCAUGCCCUGCUGGUUUCCAGAGGGCAGCUGCUCAGAUGCCCUUCGGCCUCCAGGCCUUCGCACCUCUGACCCGGGCAGCACGCAGACCUCAGCACGACAGACCCGCUGGCAUCUGCGCCCGAGCCAGCACCGCCCACUCUGUGUGUAUUGCGGCCGUGGUCACUGCCCACUGCCCAGGGCAGCCAUCUUGUCCUCUUUGGGGCUCUCGGCUUCUGCCCGCCACCUCCUCUCCCACCACCCUCCCUCACCCGUAAAUUCCCAGGAAAUUUCACCCCCAUUUUACAGAUGGGGAAACGGAGGCACCAAAGAGGUAAUAUUUGCGUGGGCUUCAUCGCCAGUCGGAGGCAGGCACAGGCUUGAACUGGGUAGCCUGGCUUCCUUAACCUCUGUGCUAGUGACCUCUCUACCUUGACAUUGGCCUGAACUCUGCGCAACCCAGCUCUGCCCUGGGUGUGUCUCCUGGCGGAUCACUGAGACCUUGGGGCCGGGGAGAUACUGGCCUAGCCCCAUGGAAGAGCCGGGCCUCAGGUGGGAAGCCCAUACAGGUGACCCCCCUUAUCACAGGGGUGACUCCCUAUUAUAGGUGUCCUCUCCGACCCGUUACUGUAAGAGCUGAGGCCAGCAAAACCUCGGUCCUUGCCUCACCUCGCUGUUCAUGGAAAAUUCAGAACAGAGCCGGCAACGCUAGACUCCCUGGGAUCCAGUGCAGAGAUGAAGCCUGGGUGGGAGCAGAGGAUGUUCGCAAAUCUCAGUUCCCUGGAAAAUUAGAUAACUGUAUCUCGGUAUGCAGCUGCCAUACCACCCCAUGUGGGUCCUCAGUGGCCAAGAGAUUAUAAGAGGACUCAGUGUGGCUGGUCAUCUGGUCAUGUCCUGAUUGCCUCGGGCGGGGGAGGGGGGGAGGAAGAAUGUGUGAACAGGGACCCUGAGUCAUGGCCAAAAUGUUAAGCCAAGAUGCAUCCUCUGCUGAGAAAACCACCCUAAUUCCCUUGGGAGCAAGUGUUCUCCUUAGUAGGUAUCUUUUUUUCCUGAUCGUCUUCACUGACUCCCAUGGCCUGCCUUUU